AUGGGUGACUUCAACAACGAUACUUGGCUAGAUAUUGCUGUUGCCAAUUAUGCUGCUGACAAUAUAGCCAUAUAUUUUGGAUAUGGCAACGGUACUGUGGCAAGCCCAGUCAUGUUUUCAACUGGUUAUGGCUCUGCUCCGUACAUGAUUGCUGUUGGUGAUUUUGACAACGAUCAUCGACUGGAUGUCGCCGUCGCAAAUUUCGGCACAAAUAGUAUUGCUGUACUUCUCAGAUUCCAAAAUGGGUCUUUUGCAAGUCAAAUAAUGCUUUUACUUGCAUCAUCUCGUCCUGUGUGGAUUCAUAUAGCAGAUCUCAACAAUGACACGGCAAUAGAUAUUGUCACCGCUAACUACGGUACACACAGUAUAAGCGUAUUUUAUGGAUAUGGAAAUGGAAGCUUCUCAAUGUUUAGCACAUACUUCACGGGCUAUGAUUCUUUUCCGAUUGCUGUUGUCAGUGGCGACUUCAACAACGACAAACAGAUGGACCUUGCUAUCGCCAAUUAUGGUACAAAUACGGUUGGUCUAUUUCUUGGAAAUGGUAAGGGUACCUUCGCAAAGCAACGCUUGUUUCCAACUGGUCCUAAUUCUCAUCCAUACUCGAUUGUCGUUGGUCAUUUAAACGAAGACACUAUGCUAGACAUUGCCGUCACCAACUAUGGAAAUAACAGUGUAGGUGUACUUCUGGGCGACGGCAAUGGGAGUUUUAUGAACCGAACGAUUUAUUCCAUCAGUGCCGCUUCUCCAUAUUCUAUCGGCAUUGGUGACUUCAACAACGACAAUCGAAUGGAUUUAAUAGUCACCAAUAAUGGCACUGACAAUAUAGCUCUACUUGUCGGAUAUGGCAAUGGGACUUUUGCCAGCCCAAAAAUGUAUUCAACUGGAUCUUCUUCCUCAAUCUUCAUUACCAUAGGUGAUUUAAACAAAGAUAAUCGUUUAGACAUUAUCUUCAUCAACAAUGAUACGGGAACCAUAGGUAUUAUGCUUGGCUAUGACGAGUUUUUUCCAAUUCAAAUGACAUAUGCAACUGGCUCUUACCCAUACUCGGUGGCUGUUGGGGAUUUUGAUAAUGACAACAGGUUGGAUAUCGUCGUUGCUAAUAAGGUUGGUAACACUGUAAGUAUACUUCUCGGAUAUGGCAAUGGUUCUUUAGAAAACCAAGUGGCAUAUUCAACUGGCUCUUCGCCGUGCUUUGUAACUGUUGAUGAUUUCAAUAAUGACGCUCGGCUAGAUAUCGUCGUCGCUAAUUACUACGACAAAAGUGUAAGUACCCUUCUUGGAUACGGCAAUGGCUCUUUCGCAAAUCAAACGACCUAUUCAAUUGACUUUAGUCCAUUUCCUAUUGCUGUUGGUGAGUUUAAUAAUGAUGCCCGGUUGGAUAUCGUCAUCGCUAAUGGACAAGACUGUACUGUAAGUGUCCUUCUCGGAUGUGGCAAUGGGUCUUUUGCAAAUCAAACGACAUAUUCAACUGGCUUUCAUCCAGGCUCCAUAGCUGUUGGUAAUUUUAAUAACGAUACAGGAUGGGAUAUCGUCGUAGCUAAUUUAAUUGAUCACACUGUAAGUGUACUUCUCGGAUACGGCAAUGGCUCUUUUAGAAACCAAAUGAUAUAUUCAACUGGCUUUCAUCCAGUUUCCGUAGCUGUUGGUGAUUUUAACAACGACACUCUAUCAGAUAUCGUCGUUGCUAAUUAUGAUGGUCACACUGUAAGCAUACUUCUCGGAUAUGGCAAUGGCUCUUUUGAAGAUCAAAAGACAUAUUCUACUGGCUCUUAUCCAUUUUGUGUAGCCGUUGGUGAUUUUAAUAACGACACCCUACUGGAUAUCAUCGUCGUUAAUGCUGGUAAUCACACUGUAAGUGUCCUUGUCGGAUUUGGCAAUGGCUCUUUUGAACAUCAAACGACAUAUUCAACUGGUUCUACGCCAACCUCUGUAGCUGUUGGCGAUUUUAACAAUGAUACCAGAUCGGAUAUCAUUGUCACUAAUUUCAAUGACCAUACUGUAACGGUACUACUUCGGUAUGAUAGAGGAGCUCUGAAAGACACACUCACCUUUGCAGCUGGUGAUGGUUCCCGUUUGCGAAGCUUUUCCAUUUUUGAUUUCAAUAACGAUAGUCUAUUGGAUAUUGCCGUUGCCAAUUAUGGCACUAAUAACAUAGGCGUCCUUCUUGGAUAUGGGGAUGGCACUUUUGGAAACCAAAUAGUGCUGUCAACGGGCUUAAAUUCUCAUCCUUACUCAAUCGCUAUUCAUGAUUUCAAUAGAGACGGUCAAGCGGAUAUAGCUGUGGCCAAUUAUGGUACUAAAAAUCUUGUUACAUUUCUGGGAAGUGAGAAUGGAACAUUUGAAAAUCAAGCAAGUUACAGUGUAGAUUUUGAUAUCGCUCCAUUGGUGAUUAGUGCUAGUAGUUUCAACCAAAAUGGACGUUCAGAAAUUGUUGUCGCAUAUGAAGGCAUCGAUCAUGUAGAUGUGCUUGUUACGUACCACACCGGAUCUUUUGAUAAUCAAAUGACAUAUUCAACCGGUUAUUGGCCAAGGACUGUAGCUGUUAGCGAUUUUAAUAACGAUGCCCGAUUAGACAUCAUUGCUGUUAAUGGAAAAGACGAUACUGUCAGUGUCCUUCUCGGAUAUGGUAAUGGAUCUUUUGCAAAUCACACGACAUAUUCAACUGGCUCUGAACCAAUCUCUGUAGCUGUUGGUGAUUUUAACAACGACACCCAAUUGGAUAUCGUCGUCGCUAAUUUCAAUAACCACACUGUAAGCGUACUUCUCGGAUAUGGCGAUGGAUCUUUUGCAAAUCAAACGACAUAUUCAACUGGCUCUGAGCCAAUCUCUGUAGCUGUUGGUGAUUUUAAUAAUGACAACCGAUUGGAUAUCGUUGUUGCUAAUUGGGGUGAUCACUGUGUAAGUGUACUGCUUGGAUAUGGCAAUGGCUCUUUUGCCAAUCAAACGACCCAUUCAACUGGGUUUGGCCCAUUUUCUAUAGCUGUUGCUGAUUUUAAUAACGACAUUCAAUUGGAUAUCGUUGUUGCUAAUGACAAAAACGGUACUGUAAGUGUCCUUCUCGGAUAUGGCAAUGGAUCUUUUGGAAAUCAAAUGACAUAUUCAACUGGCUUUUCACCACGCUCUGUGGCUAUUGGUGAUUUUAAUUAUGACACCCAACUAGAUAUCGUUGUCGCUAAUUAUUAUAACAAAACUGUAAGUGUCCUUCUUGGAUACGGCAACGCCUCUUUUACAAAUCAAACGAUAUAUUCAACUGGUACUAACCCAUCCUCUGCAGCUGUCGGCGAUUUUAAUAAUGAUACCCAUGUAGAUAUUGUCGUCACUAAUUUUAAGGACAACACUGUCAGUGUCCUUCUUGGAUAUGGCAAUGGCUUUUUUGCAAAACAAAUGACAUAUUCAACUGGCUUUGGUCCAUUUUCUGUAGCUGUUAGUGAUUUUAAUAAUGACACCCAAUUGGACAUCGUCGUUGCUAAUGCGAAUGGAUAUAAUGUGAGUGUACAUCUUGGACAUUCCAAUGAAGGUUUUCUUAACCAAAUGAGGCUUAUAACUGGCAGUGGAUCUCGACCUAGGUCUUUCGCCAUUGGUGAUUUUAACAAUGACAGUCAAAUAGAUAUUGUAGUUGCGAAUUCAGGCAGCAACAAAGUCGGUAUUUUUCUGAGAUAUGAUAAUGGUUCCUUCGCAAAUCAAAUAACAUAUUCAACUGACUCCUCUCCAUGGUCUGUAGCUGUUGGCGAUUUCAACAACGAUACCAUACUUGAUAUCGUUGUCGCGAAUCAUGACAAUGACAAUGUUGGCGUAUUUCUUGGACAGGGCGGUUGCUCUUGGCGAUUUCAACAACGACACUUUGCUAGACAUUAUUGUUGCUAA